GGGGGCAGAGCCCAGAGGCGCGGCGGCGGCGGCGGCGGCGGAGGAAGAGGAGGAGGUGGAGGAGGAUGCAGGGGGCUGCGGGCGGCGGCGCGGCCCGGCCCGCAGUGAAGCCCGCGGCGCCCGAGGCGCAGGGAGUGGCCGUCGCCUCCUGCGCGCACCAUUCCUGAGAUGGCGGCGGCGCGGCGGCAGCUCGGGGAGCCGAGGAGGGGUCAGCCGGCCGCGGGCUGAGGCCCCGCAGGCCCGGGAGCUCGCCGGGGACCCGCGCGGUUGGCGGAGUCCCGGCCGGCCGGCCGGCCUGCGGAGCGGCGAGGCCGGGGGCGGCCCCGGAGCGGAGCGCGGCGCCCGGCCCGGGGAGGCCGCGAUGGCGAACGCGAGCGAGCCGGGCGGCGGCGGCGGCGGGGAGGCGGCCGCCCUGGGCCUCAAGCUGGCCACGCUCAGCCUGCUGCUGUGCGUGAGCCUGGCGGGCAACGUGCUGUUCGCGCUGCUGAUCGUGCGGGAGCGCAGCCUGCACCGCGCCCCGUACUACCUGCUGCUCGACCUGUGCCUGGCCGACGGGCUGCGCGCGCUCGCCUGCCUCCCGGCCGUCAUGCUGGCGGCGCGGCGGGCCGCGGCCGCCGCCGGGGCGCCGCCGGGCGCGCUGGGCUGCAAGCUGCUCGCCUUCCUGGCCGCGCUCUUCUGCUUCCACGCGGCCUUCCUGCUGCUCGGCGUGGGCGUCACCCGCUACCUGGCCAUCGCGCACCACCGCUUCUACGCCGAGCGCCUGGCCGGCUGGCCGUGCGCCGCCAUGCUGGUGUGCGCCGCCUGGGCGCUGGCGCUGGCCGCGGCCUUCCCGCCCGUGCUGGACGGCGGCGGCGGCGGCGGCGACGACGAGGACGCGCCGUGCGCCCUGGAGCAGCGGCCCGACGGCGCCCCCGGCGCGCUGGGCUUCCUGCUGCUGCUGGCCGUGGUGGUGGGCGCCACGCACCUCGUCUACCUCCGCCUGCUCUUCUUCAUCCACGACCGCCGCAAGAUGCGGCCCGCGCGCCUCGUGCCCGCCGUCAGCCACGACUGGACCUUCCACGGCCCCGGCGCCACCGGCCAGGCGGCCGCCAACUGGACGGCGGGCUUCGGCCGCGGGCCCACGCCGCCCGCGCUCGUGGGCAUCCGGCCGGCCGGGCCCGGCCGCGGCGCGCGCCGCCUCCUCGUGCUCGAGGAGUUCAAGACGGAGAAGAGGCUGUGCAAGAUGUUCUACGCCGUCACGCUGCUCUUCCUGCUCCUCUGGGGGCCCUACGUCGUGGCCAGUUACCUGCGGGUCCUGGUGCGGCCCGGCGCCGUCCCCCAGGCCUACCUGACGGCCUCCGUGUGGCUGACCUUCGCGCAGGCCGGCAUCAACCCCGUCGUGUGCUUCCUCUUCAACAGGGAGCUCAGGGACUGCUUCCGGGCCCAGUUCCCCUGCUGCCAGAGCCCCCAGGCCACCCAGGCCACCCUCCCCUGCGACUUGAAAGGCAUCGGUUUGUAAGUGGCUCUCCCGCCACCUGCACCCCAACCCGGCCUCUCCCUUUGGCUUGGACGGUGACGUCUUUUCUCCCCCUUCUGCCCCCUUUUUAAUUUUCUAAGCUGCCUUCAAGACGACUCUCGAAGUGCAUCAUCACUUGGAUUGUACAGACUCCUUUGGGGGGGAGGGGGGUUUCGAAGUCCCAGCUCCUUGCCAUUGUCCUUCUAAAUAUAUUUUCAUCCUGACAGGAGGCCCCGGAGUCUUUGUACUGGCACUGAUGUCUUUUAUUUCACGUAUUACUCUUUUUUUUUCCUUUUUCUUUUUUUUUUUUU